AUGGCAGCAAGCACCUCUACCGGUCCCGUCACCGAAUUCGUCACCUUGACCCUCAACGGGGAGUCGUACGAGGGACAGGAGACCCUCCUCUCCGAAUCUGUGUUCGAGAACCCCCCACGCUCCGGCUACUGGGGCCUUCAGCAUGAGGACCAGACAAAGCUCCACUGGGUGAUGAGUACCCCCCGCUUCCCGCCGCAAAUUAUCGCAACAAGGCUAACGAUCUCAGCACAUCAGCUGGAACAAACUCUCGGACCACGUCGCCUUCACCCAGUCCGAGGGCUACAAGCCCUUCGUCGGGAAGAUCAAGUGGGCCGCCAGGGACGGCACCAAGAUCGUGCACGCCGAGCUCCACCCCGACAACCCGCAGAUCGACGAGGCACCCGUCAGCGAGUGGUGCACCAUCACGCUCUCGGAGGGCACCACCAGGGAGGAAUUCCUGGCAAACUUCAAGGAGUUCGAGAAGGGGUUGAAGGGGGAGGGGUAUAGGUGGCAUUCGGCUGGAUGGGUUGUCGAGAAUCCCAGGGAUUACUUGUUGCUCAUUGGGUGGGAUAGCGUGAAGGCUCAUGCCGACUGGCGUGCCAGCGAGAUUGGUCAGACCGCUGUUGGGCACUUGAAGAAGGGAGUCGACGAUAUCCACAUGAUCCAUGUCAAGAAUGGAGGAAAGUUCCAUUAA